AUGGAGGCAGACACUUGGGCUUCUGUCUCUUGGGGAUCUGCUGCUUAUUCUGCGGCAGCUGCUAACGAAGAGCUGAAGAAUCGAUUGCUCGGAGGCGUUGCGCGGACCCUGGAGCUGUUGCUGCUUGAGGAGCUGCAACAGCAGCAGCAACAACAACGAACGCCACAAACACAGCAGAGACAGCAGCAGCUGCUGCACAACUGCGCCAGAACUUGCAUAUGUGGCUGCUCGUCCCCCUGUUUUGUGUCUGUGCAGCAGCAAGAAGCAGCAGCGGCUGUUGCUGCUGGAUUGCUGCGCCGGGUCUACGUACUCCCGGUGGCUUCUCUGUUGUUGUCUCCAGCUCCCACAUCAAACUCUGCGCGGUCCUCGGUUGCCCUGUUGCUGCCUGCUGAGGAAGUAAGACAGUGGCAGCAGCAGCAGCGGCAGCAACAGGAGAAACAACCGCAACAGCUGCAGCAACCGCGGCAGCCGCAGCAGCAACAGCAACAACCGCAUCAGUGGUAUCUGCUUCGAGACAAGUGGCGAGGUCCUUCUCUUCAGACUGCUGGCGACCUGUGCCUUCUUGUUAAUGCAGCGGCAGCAGCAGAAGCAACACAGAGCGCACUUACCACUGCAACUGCUGCUGAGGAUGCAGCAGCAGCACGCGAAGCCAUAGCAGCCGAGUUUGUGGGCCCCGGCCUCCCCGCUGCUGCAGCAGAACUCAUGGAGCAGCGGCAGCAACUGCCGCUCAUGAUACAGGAGCUGAACCGCGGCACUAAUAUCAGCAACAGCAGCGCCAACAGCAGCAGCAUAAACGCCAGCACCACCAACAGCAACAACGCCAACAACAGCAACAUCAGCACCACCUCCACCAACAGGAACAGCAGCAGCGGCAGCAGCGCUAGCACUAGCAACACCAGUUCGUCUGCAGGCGGCAACAGCAGCAGUUGCAGCUGUAGCGGCUUGUUUUUGAGCAGCGGCAGCAGGGCAGCAGCAGGAGAGGUGCAUUUGACUCGAGUAGAAGCAGCAAACGUCCAGCAGUAUUUCAGCGCAUUGGAGAUGAUGGAUGUUGACGGGUGUUCAGACACCCCAGCAGAUGCUCCGCUCCCUGCUGUCUCCUUGCUGCAGCAAGCAGACAGCAGCAGUAGCAGCAGCAGUAGCAGCAGCCUAGAAGACUCCACGGGGGGGGUCCAGAAAAGCGCAGAUUUGUUCACGGUUGCUCUCGAGACCUGGAUGCAGACGUCACAGCAGCAGCAGCAACAACCUCUGAAAUCACCAAAUCGGAAGCAGCAGCAAUGCUUGCGGGAACGCAUUGCCGCCGAGGUAAUUCAGCGCCUGGCAGCCAAAGCAAGCAGCAACAGCAAUCCCAGCAGCAGCAGCAACAGCAACGACGUGGCUCCACGUGGUGCAGGACCACGGCGCACAACACCAGCAAAAGUAACAGUAGCAGAAGCGGGAGGAGCAACAGCGGCAACGGCAGGCGCUCGUGUUUCAUCCCCGAAUAAGGCCCUCCAUUUCUUCCCUCCAAACGCUUCAUCUGUCUCUCUUCGGCUGAUCCCCGCAUUAAUAAACAAUCUCCCAGACUUUCUCGAUAAGCGCAUGCAGAAGGAGACAGCGUGUGGUCAAUCUCCCGCGGUGGCUCUUCCCCCCCAGCAGCAACACAAACACCUGUAUCACCAGCAGGCGGUGAAGCAGCAGCAGCAGUAA